AGCGCGCCCAAUCAGCGACUUUCCUUUGCGUUCUCCUCCAUUCCACAAGUCACUUGUUGGGCCAUGGCCCCGCGUCAUGCCCGGACCAAUCAGCGACGUCUUCUGUAAGCCCUUCCCCCCACCCCCGUUGGCCUUCGCCACUUCCUAGGGCGGGGCGCGUGCGCCGUGGCCUUUCCCCUCUUAGCUCUUCCUUUGCUCCACCCCGUUUGGGGUCUAGACCAAUUAGCGGCGAGCGCUCAGCCCCUCCCCCGUACGUUGGCUCCCUGGCUCCGGUGGUGUGCGAAAGGCUUGCGACGGCUGACCUAUGGCGGCGACUACACGCGGUAUCCGGAGCCUGCAGGGCAUGGUUGGCAUCGUGACCGGUGGUGCCUCAGGCCUGGGCUUAGCCACCGUCAAGAGACUGGUUCAGCAAGGGGCCCGGGCUGUCAUUGUGGAUUUGCCCCACUCAUCUGGUGAGGCGAUGGCAAGGGAGCUGGGGGCUCCUUGCACCUUUGCCCCCACGGAUGUCACCUCAGAAACCCAAGUACAGGCCGCUCUGGCCUUGGCCAUGGAGAAAUUUGGCCGAGUGGACAUUGCUGUCAAUUGUGCAGGCGUGGCAGUAGCCUGCAAGACAUUCAACUUCAAGAAGGGUGAAGCCCACUCCCUGGAGGCCUUCCAGAAGGUGAUCCAAGUAAAUCUCAUCGGCACCUUCAAUGUGAUCCGCCUGGCCUCUGGGGAGAUGGGGAAGAAUGUCCCAGAUGAGGGAGGUCACCGGGGCAUCAUCAUCAACACAGCCAGUGUGGCUGCCUUCGAGGGUCAGGUUGGCCAGAUUGCAUAUUCAGCAUCUAAGGGGGCCAUCGUGGGAAUGACCCUGCCUGCAGCCCGGGACCUGGCCCCCAUGGGGAUCCGUGUGGUCACCAUUGCUCCGGGCCUAUUUGAGACCCCCCUCCUGUUGGGACUCCCUGAAAAGGUACGCUCCUUCCUUGCCCGUCAAGUGCCUUUCCCCAGCCGCCUGGGAGAUCCAGCAGAAUAUGCCCACCUCGUGCAGGCCGUGGUGGAAAACCCAUUGAUCAAUGGAGAGGUGAUCCGUCUAGAUGGAGGUAUCCGCAUGCAACCCUGAUACUGGAGGCUUUGGAUGCCCACCCUGGCCUCCCUCUGGCAGCAGGGGCACCAUUCCCUCUCUCAGCCUUUUGGUUCCUUAACUUACCUCUAGUGCCUAAUAAAGAGGAUUUCUAUAGGGCA